AUGGCACCAACAGCCCCUUUUAGCCCCCCUUCGGCCGAUUUGCCCGACAAGCCGUUUGUCCCUGAGUGGGUUCCUCCACCCGUGACGCAGCAAAAAGAGAACUUUGCUGAACUCACUUCUAUCGACCUUUCUUUGCUCGACUCAGAUGAUCCUGUCGUUGUGCAAGACUUGGUCAGCCAAGUCAAGAGAGCUAUUCGCGAGGAUGGAUUUUUAUUUCUGGAGAACUAUGGAAUCUCACUAGAACAGCUCCACCGUCAAUUCGCCAUUGCUCAAUACAUGUACAACAACAUCUCAGAGGAGGACAAAGAGCGUUUACUCUUCAACCCAGACGUUACUGGUGUCUGGUCUGGCUAUAAACAUCCUUAUGGCUUCAAGCGUCACCGCGGACCUCCUGAUGGCAUCGAGCAGUUCAACUGGUAUCGGCCUGACUGGAAGGAUAUUAACCGUGUACCUACUUGCCUCCACCCAUUCAUGGACGAGAUCGAGGCUUUUGCCAACUACCUCACAAAAUCGGUCAACCGUCGCCUCUUGACACUCUUCUCGCGCGUUCUUGAGCUCCCCGACGAUUAUCUGUGGGAAAACGUCCAAUCCCAUGGUAGUCCAACCGGCGAAGGCUAUUUCAGACACGCGCUCUUCCGGCCUGUACAUAAGACCACAGAGGAGGCGUCCAAGGGUCUUCGAAUGCAUGGACAUACGGACUUUGGUCUGACGACAUUGCUUUUCUCUGUUCCUAUUUCUUGUCUCCAGAUUUGGGGCCAGGAUGAGAAGUGGUACUAUGCGCCCUACAAGCCUGGUGCUCUCGUCGUCAACAUCGGUGAUACGCUCGAGAUUGUAUCUGGCGGGCAUUUUAAAGCGACUCGUCACCGUGUCUUCAAGCCCCCUGUUGACCAGCGCAACUACGAACGCCUCUCCUUGGUGCUUUUCAACAGCUCCGUCGGUGACUUGCGCAUGACACCAGCCUCAGAAUCACCCCUCAUUCAGCGCGAGGGUUGUGUUGAGGACCAAGGAGUAUACGCCGAGUUUAAGAAGCGAACACAAGAGGGCAAGCUUGUUCCUACCAACAGACAAUGGCGCGAGAUCCAAAUUGCAACAUGUACAGAUCCCACUGAUACGACCUACAACAAAGUCGGUGCUCAUCAGGUUCUGAUCGACGGGAAGCUUAUGCAUCAGCGGGAAUAUAUGGGCGUGAGAGUUACUCUCCCGGUUUGA